AGGCGUGUUGGAGAGGGAUUAGGCAUCGACGCAAGCUGCACCCCAUUUACACCAACUGUAGCUCUGCCCCACUGAGCGCGCGCACACUGACUGUUUGAGUGGGUCCAGCAGAGAAAGAGAAAGAGAGGAGAGAACAAGGGACAGGAUGGCAUCUCUCGGACUCAAGGCGAUUGUCGGAGAAAAGAUUAUGAAUGAUGUCAUUAAGAAGGUGAAGAAGAAGGGAGAAUGGAAGGUUUUGGUGGUGGACAAGCUCAGCAUGAGAAUGGUUUCAUCUUGUUGUAAAAUGACAGACAUUAUGUCUGAGGGAAUCACAAUUGUUGAGGACAUAACCAAGCGACGUGAGCCUCUUCCUACCAUGGAAGCCAUAUAUCUCCUCACCCCAUCUGAUGAGUCAGUUGAGGGACUCAUCAAUGACUUCAGAGAUCCCCGUAAUCCCAUAUACAGAGCGGCACACGUGUUCUUCACAGACGCAAUCCCAGACUCUUUGUUCAACCUGAUAAGCAAAUCCCGUGCCUCAAAAUCUAUGAAGACAUUGACUGAGAUCAACGUCGCCUUUCUGCCCUAUGAAUCACAGGUGUACUCAGUGGACAAAACUGAUGCCUUCCAAGAUUUCUACAGCCCGUUUAAAGCUGAUGUGAAGAACCAGGUGUUGGAGCGUUUAGCCGAGCAGAUAGCCACCCUCUGCACCACACUAAAAGAGUACCCAGCUGUUAGAUACAGAGGAGAAUACAAAGACAAUGCAGUCCUGGCCCAGAUGCUUCAGGAUAAACUGGACGGUUACAAAGCGGAUGACCCCACUUUGGGAGAGGGACCUGAUAAGGCACGUUCCCAGUUAUUAAUUCUGGAUCGAGGUUUUGACCCUGUCUCACCUCUUCUACAUGAACUCACAUUUCAGGCCAUGGCCUAUGACCUGCUGCCCAUUGAGAAUGAUGUCUACAUGUAUGAGACCAGUGGAAUGGGUGACACUCGUAUGAAAGAGGUACUGCUGGAUGAAGAUGAUGACCUUUGGAUGACUCUGAGACAUAAACACAUAGCAGAAGUGUCCACGGCUGUGACUAAAUCGCUCAAGGACUUCUCAGCAAGCAAAAAGAUGAACACAGGAGAGAAGACUACCAUGAAAGAGCUCUCCCAAAUGCUUAAAAAGAUGCCCCAGUACCAGAAGGAGUUAAGCAAGUAUUCCACUCACCUGCACUUAGCAGAAGACUGUAUGAAGCAUUACCAGGGUACAGUGGACAAACUCUGCCGUGUUGAGCAGGAUCUUGCCUUGGGCACAGAUGCAGAGGGUGAGAAGAUCAAAGACCCCAUGAGAACUAUUGUGCCCAUUCUUCUGGACACCAACAUCACCAUCAUGGACAAAAUUCGCAUCAUCUUGCUGUAUAUCUUCCUCAAAAAUGGUGUGUCAGAGGAGAACCUCUGUAAGCUCCUCCAGCAUGCACAGAUCCCUCCAGAGGACAGUGACAUCAUCUCUAAUAUGGCCCAUAUGGGGGUUCCCAUCAUCUCAGAGCAAACAACCACACGCAAAGUGAAGAAAGCUGACCGCAAGGAAAGAAUCAGUGAGCAAACGUAUCAGCUCUCCAGAUGGACUCCUCUGGUAAAAGACAUCAUGGAGGAUGCAAUAGAAGACAAACUGGACCCAAAACAAUAUCCUUUCAUCUCCACACGCACAGCUCCUUCCAAAACGACCACAGCAACCAGUGCCCGUUAUGGGAACUGGCACAAGAACAAGAGCCCAGGAGAAAUCCGAAACGGCCCACGGAUCAUCGUCUUCAUCAUUGGGGGUUUGACCUACAGCGAAAUGCGCUGCGUAUAUGAGGUCACACAGGCCAAUGGCAAAUGGGAAGCUCUUAUUGGUUCCACCCACACCAUCACUCCUGUUAGAUACCUGAAGCAUCUGCAGCACCCAGACUUCCUGGACCCCAAUGCAGCCCCUGAGGACCAACUUCCUGUUGAAGAUAAUUGAUGAAGACAAUAAAAAGAAUCUGGUGACAUCAGUUCCCGGCCUCACCAUUCUACUGUCCUCAGUGACAUCAUCAAAUCAGACAAGUGUUAAGACAAAGCAUCUUCCUUACCUCACAAGCCCAUACAAUACACUUAGAACACAGGCGCUCUGUCACCCUCCAGCACAUCUAAUGUCAGCAAUAGGCUAUAGUGAAGUAUUUAUUGCAUGCUAAAUACAGUAGCCUCUGUUAUCUUCAUGAGCCUCAGAUAAUAACCGCUUUUGCUGGGUAAGUGACAAUAAUGUGUGUGCUUUAAAAAUUAGACAGAAUUAUGGUAGUUAGUUCUGCGUAUUUGCUAAAUCUUAGGAAUUAUUCAGGUGUCAUUCUGCAUUGUUGGUCAUUUGGAACUGUUUGACUUUUAUGUGUAGCUUAUGGGUAGAUAAAACAAAAACAAAAGAUUAUUUGAAUCAUUUCAAUAUUGUUGUGACACAGCGACUGUCCUAAACGACAGAUCAUAUGGACAAUGAAUGGACAAAUUAAUGUCCUAAAUCAGAGCAUGCAUUUGAGAGUUCGGUCUGCUCUCUUUUUUUCUUUUUCUUUUUACAU